UUCGAUGCAUCGAUGUUUUUCCGACAUCUCUAUACUGUGCAUCAGUGUCACUUUAAAGAACUACAUCUUACAGGACUAACCCAUGAACCAAAAAUACAGUCCAAAAACAUAGUCGUUGGUUCAUGGGACUAACCUGUCAUUUUAUUGGCAAGAAAGCUCGUGAAAACAGGGGCACCCUUUGGAUAUAAUUUCAUCGCGUGGUUUCAGAGCUAACGGGAAGAAAGCAUAUAAAAUGGCUGACUUCGAAAAUGAGAAUUCCGAGCUGCAGAGGAUAACAGCUGAAAAUGUGGAUGAGCUCGCCUCCAUAUGGACGGAAAUGUUCGACGAAGAAAUAUGCUUGUAUAACUUUAAGAAACUCAAGGAGCAUGUUAAAACAUUUUUCGCAGAAUUGAAAGAAGAAUCUAUUCAAAGAAAACAGUUAAUAGAGAAUGAAUUAGAAGAACUACGCAAUGAAGCAGACACGUUGUGUCGUUUACUGAAACCAAAAGUACAAUUGCCAAGAAUGGAAGACAGAAAUGUGCCUUUGUUGACUCUACAGUCGGAUAUGGAUAAAAGUUUAUCUGAAUUGCGUGAACAAUUGAGACGGCGCCGUGAAGAAAUAUGCGAACUGCUACUUGAACAGGAGGGUUUGUGUGAGGAGUUAGGUGAAGCACCGCGGCCUCUAUUAGCAGAUCCAUUGCCUUCAGAAGAAGAAAUAAUGGAAUUUCGCAGUCAUUUAGAUCAACUGAAGGUGGAACGUAUGGAACGUUUGAACGAGAUGUCACUGUUGCGUAGGGAAAUAAAAAAUUAUUUAAACACUUUAGAGGCACAAGUUAACACAGAUGCAGAUGAUAGACUUCUAAAUCAUAGACAAAUUAAAUUGAAUGAUGAAACUUUCACAGCGCUCAGACGAAUGGCGGAGUUGUACGGCUCUCGUGUGCAUGCAUUGUCGGAGCGUAUCGUUGGUAUGCGCAAGAAAUUAGAAUCUCUUUGGGGCCGUUUAAAAACAUCACCGAAUACCCGAAAUAAAUUUAAAGGAUGCGUGGAAUUCAAUCAACGCACAUACAGUGUACUUAAAGAAGAACUAAACCGUUGUGAAUCAUUACAAAGCCAAAAUAUAAAAGAAUGCCUUCAACAAAUACGUACUGAAAUUGUAGACUUGUGGGAUAAAACUCUAAAAUCCGAAACAGAACGAAAUCGUUUUUCCAACUUUCACAGCAAUUGUUACACAGAAGACCUAUUGGUAUUGCAUGAAAUCGAGUUAGAAGAUCUAAAACGGUUCUAUGAAAAUAAUCGUCAAAUAUUUGAAUUGUUUGAUAAUCGAAAACUAUUAUGGGACCGAAUGGAAGCCUUGGAGGCCAAGGCCUGCGAUCCUGGACGCUACAACAAUAGAGGAGGACAAUUGUUGAAAGAGGAGAGAGAACGAAAAACUAUUGCAACCAAAUUACCGAAAAUCGAGGAACAAAUUAAAGAAUUAGUAAUGGCAUAUGAAGAACAGGAGCAUCAAGAAUUUCAUGUGCAUGGCGAAAAUAUUUUGGUGUUAAUGGGGAAACAGUGGGAGAAAAAGCGGCAAGAAAAAGGCAAAAUGAGUAGUGCACGUAAAAAUGCUCAAACCCCUCAUUCUGUAACUAAUCGCACACCCAUUUCAGGAAAGAACGGUUCGUUGAUUUCUAUGCGUAAAGCGCUGUCCCAUAUCAAUUUGUCAACUGUUCCAAGAUCUGCAUCUGCGAGUUCUGCAAAAAAACGUGAACUAAACCAAAAUAAAAAUAAUACACCAUUGGCUAAAAGAAGCUUGAUAUUCCCAGUUAAUAGUCCCAGCAUUUCCACGAAACCAAUGACUAAUGUAUGUAAUACCGCUUCUGCCGUAGGAUCGAAGUUACCGAUGAAAUCUUCCUUCAAACCUCCACUAAAGAAAACUCGCGUCAUUGCAACCAUGAUUCGUCGUAGAUCUGGACGUCAAAGUUCAGGUAUAAAAAACCGUUUUUCUUUGUACAAGAGGGCUAAAAAGAAAGCAAUCGUCGCACCAAAAAUUCUCAUCAAUGAUGAAUCGGAGUGGAGCACAGAUGAGAGUACUGAUGAAGCCUAUGAAUCUUUUCAAAAAAGCAUUGCUCCUGAUUCACGUUCUUCCAUAGUCCAUACAACAGUUGCGCAUAAAACCUCUACAUCCAAUUUUUCGACUCGCUCUAAACGCAAUCCAAACGAAAAUCGAGUUAUACAUCUACCUGAUCCCCGCUCCGGCUUUAACCAUCUACCUACUCUGUCUAAAAUGUCGCCUGGCAGCAGCAGCCGAAAGCUUAAAACAAAGAAUUUACCUAUAAUAAUCUGAGAAUAAUAGGAGAUCUUGACUUCUCCCAAGAGGCGUUAUGAAGUAACUUAAAUCCAUAAAAAAAAAAUA